AUGGAAAUAUUAAUUAUAUCAGGUUUAUUAAUUAUUUAUAUUUAUUUUUAUUUAUUACAUUUUCUUCCUGGUAAAGGAGGUAUUUUUAUACCAAUAGGGGGUUUUAAAAAGUAUAAUGGGUUGGUGUCUAAAGAACAUUCAAUACUGUAUAGGAUUUCUACUGGUUAUUUUUCAGCUAAAUUAAGAAAAGAGUCUAAAAAAAAGGGUGUAAAGUUGUAUUAUUCCACCGGUUUGAUAAAGCCAUUGUCAAUACUUGAUUUUAAAAAGAGCGCUCCACCAAAAACAAGUAAAUUUUCAUCAAGUGGCCAUUUCCUACUGAUUACCUCGAGUAGUGCGGAGCCAAUUGCGUACAGUAUAGAUACAUUUAUUGGAUACAGCGAUGCCUAUGAAAUUAAUACUGGUGUUACUUUUAUUUCAAUUUUCGUGUCAUUACUAUUGUCUUUAAUCUUUAAUAGCUUCUUAAACGUUUAUUUUUCUUUGGUUCCUGUUAUAUUGUUGGCUUUCUAUUUUAGGUAUGAAACACAAUUAUUAAAUUAA